ACCUAUAGAUAUUAUCUCUAUAUAUCUCUUCCCCUCUCCCUCCUUGUCUCUCUGAUACCGAAACUCAAUCCUUUUCUACUCUUUUUCUCUUAUGGCCUCCUCUUCCGGGAGCUUAGAUACCUCUGCAAAUUCAUUCCCCAACUUCACUUUUUCCGCUCACCCAUUUAUGACCACCUCCUUCUCUGACCUACUGUCCUCCGGUACUGAGGAGGAACCCAUCGCCGCCGCCGCCGCUGAUGACAGCCGACGUGGGCUGUCGGAUAGAAUCGCCGAGCGUACUGGGUGGGGUGUCCCUAAGUUCAAGUCCCUCCCACCUCCUUCACUUCCCAUAUCUCCACCUUCAGUUUCUCCUUCCUCUUACUUUGCCAUCCCAGCUGGGUUAAGCCCUGCUGAGCUCCUCGACUCCCCUGUUCUUCUUAACUCCUCCAACAUUCUGCCGUCUCCAACUACUGGACGGUUUGCAUCUCAGGUGUCUAGUUGGAAGAACAGUUAUGGGGACAACCAGCAAAGUGUCAAACAAGAACAGAAAAACUACUCCGAUUUCUCUUUCCAAACUCAAACAAGGCCUCCCACUUCAUCAUCGUCGAUGUUUCUACCUUCACACACUACAGCUCAGACUGCAUGGACUAAUAGCUUCCAAGAACCAACCAAGCAACAAAAUGAGUAUUCCUCAGGCAAGAGUACGACCAAACCCGAAUUCGCUUCGGCUCAAAGCUUCUCUUCUGAGAUUAAGAGUAAUAAUAGUGUUCAAACAAACGGUGGUUUUCAAUCAGAGUACAGUAACAAUAAUUACCCUCAGCAGGCUCAGGCCUUGAGCAGGAGAUCGGACGAUGGUUACAAUUGGAGGAAAUAUGGUCAAAAACAAGUGAAGGGAAGCGAAAAUCCGAGGAGUUAUUACAAGUGCACAUACCCCAAUUGUCCAACUAAGAAAAAGGUCGAAAGAUCUUUAGAUGGGCAGAUUACUGAGAUUGUUUACAAGGGUAGCCAUAACCAUCCUAAGCCUCAGGCUACAAGGAGGUCAUCUUCAUCAUCGUCAGCAGCAGCACCACCAGCUGCAGCUUUAAUCCAAACUUCCAAUUUAUCAAACUCUGAAAUCCCAGAUCAGUCUUAUGUCUCACAAGGCAACGGACAAAUGGAUUCAGCUACCACGCCUGAGAAUUCUUCUAUAUCAAUUGGGGAUGAAGAUUUUGAGCAAAGUUCUCAGAAGACCAAAUCAGGGGGUGAUGACUUAGAUGAAGAUGAACCUGAUGCCAAAAGAUGGAAAAGAGAAGGUGAAAAUGAAGGUAUUUCAGCUCCUGGUAGUAGAACAGUGAGAGAACCAAGAGUUGUAGUUCAAACAACUAGUGAUAUUGAUAUACUAGAUGAUGGGUACAGAUGGAGAAAAUAUGGGCAGAAAGUUGUCAAAGGAAACCCAAAUCCUAGGAGCUACUACAAGUGCACAAAUCCAGGAUGUCCAGUAAGGAAGCACGUGGAGCGAGCUUCCCAUGAUCUCAGAGCAGUGAUCACCACCUACGAAGGGAAGCACAACCACGAGGUCCCCGCCGCACGCGGCAGCGGCGGCCACUCCAUCAACAGGCCUCUGCCAAGCAGCAACAACAAUGCCGUGGCCUCCAUCAGGCCAUCGGCCAUGGCGCCACACAACAUGACUAACCAUAACACUAACAACAAUCAUCUUCAGAAUCUGAGGCUGCCCACAUCUUCAGAAGGGCAAUUGCCUUUCACUCUGGAGAUGUUGCAGAGCCCAGGGAGUUAUGGGUUCUCAGGGUUUGGGAACUCGGGAACGAGUUCGUACAUGACUCAGUCUCAACUCACAGACAAUGUCGUGUAUACUAAAACCAAAGAAGAGCCCAGAGAUGACAACACGUUUCUUGAAUCUUUACUAUGCUGAAACUGAAAAGAAAGAAUACGAAUCGUCAAGAAUAAUAAGGCAUGUUGUAGCAGCUAGCUGAUCAAGUCCAUUCAAUUCAUUGGAUUUUGUUUGUAUUGUGUUGUAUAUUUUUUUGUUCUCUUAGGAAAGAAAAAAAGGAUUACAAUUACAGGGGAUUGGUUUGUGUAUAUCCAACGUUGUAUGGUAUAGAUUUUCUUAUAUAUAACUUAAUUUAUUAUCAUUAUUUUUUUGUAAUUGUUUUGAGGCUUAUAUACAUGCGUUCUUUGCUACUAGAGCAUGAAAGCCUCGAAUCAGUUUUUUUUUUGUACCACACAUGACGUGGUAGUCUAUUUUUUUCUUCUUCUCUUUAUUGGGAGUUAUAAGUAAAAGAAAGAAUGUGGGUAUUUAAAUUUAAA